CGACCGCGGGGGGCUUCGAGGAGGGACGGGACCCUCCCCCCCAAACACACCUCCCCUCCCACCCCUCACCUCCCUGAGGUGAGGGGAGAAAAGGCGGGAGGCUCUGAGGGGAAAGCCGCCGCGAAGGAGUCUGGGAAGGAGAGGGCCAAGCGGGGCAGAGAGGAUUCUGGGAGAGAGCAAAGGUGGGGGGGGGGGAGGUGGAAGCUUUCGACGCGUGACAGGGACGGUUGGGGGGGGCGGGUGAGAGGAAGAGGAGGCCGAAUGGGGACGGGAAGGGGGAUGGGGGUCGUUCUGAGGGGAAGAAAGCCAGUCAAGAGGCCCAGGUGUCCAACUCAGUCGAGCAGGGUGCCCCCGCAAUAAAUACCACGGAGCGACGUGGGUGACGGCCACGCUGUCUAACCAGAGGGACCGGGGUCUCUAGUAGGUCUUGGCCCCGGCGGGUCCCUCGACCGCCCUACCGAGGAUCGGCCCGCUCGUCCUCCCCCCCCCCCAGCGCGCCGUGCGGGGGCAGGCGCCGACCGCCGUGGGGACGGCCGUCGGCUGCCGGGGCUCGUAGGGGUCGUUCCGGCGCUCCGCCGUGGGCCGGGCCGCCCCUCCGGGGCGGCGAAGAGAGGGUGUGAGACGGCGGCCGGAGGUGAACGGUCAGAGAGGGAGGGAAGGCAGGCGAGGGUGGGGUGGCCGGUUCGGAAGGGACCCGGUCGACGCCGUACGGCCCGGUCGAGGCCGAAGUCGGCGAGUGGUUGUUUAUCGGGUGCCUGCGACGCGCAAGGCGUGAAACGCCGGGAGGGGAGUGCGGAAGAAGAGAAGGACCGGUCCCUACCUCACAAGCUAAGAAAAGAGAUCGGCAGACCUAAGAUCGGGUCUCCGCCGGUGACGGAAGGAAGCACCGUUGCGAUCCCCGGCAUUCAGUUCAGGAGGAGAAGAUGCCCGCGCCGCCUCCCCGAAUUUCCUGACUUCUCGGCCCCAUGGAGGACCCCCCUGCCCUGUUCGGCUGCCCCGACUGUCAGCGCCACUUCCCCAGCCAGCCGGAGCUGGCCCGCCAUCGAGAGCUGCUCCACCGCCCGGCCCCGGCCAGGGGCGGGGACGGACCCGACGAGAUCCCCCGGCCGUAUCGCUGCGGGCAGUGCGGCCGGGGCUACCGCCACGCGGGGAGCCUGGUCAAUCACCGCCGGACCCACGAGAUCGGCCGCUUCCCCUGUACCACGUGUAACAAGGACUUCUCCAACCCCAUGGCCCUCAAGAGCCACCUGAGGACGCACGCCCCCGAGGGCCGGCGGCGCCGCAGGCCCCCCCGCCACAAAAAGGCCCCGCCGUGCGACCGGAGCCAGACGGGGCCGGACCACUGGGGCGGGACGUCCGGUCCCAGGGAAGGCCGGGAGAACCACACCAGCCCCGGAGGAGGUACAGAUGAGUGGGAGGGCCUGGGGAACCGCCGGGGAACCUGCUGGGAGGCCGGGCUGGAAAACAGGGGCGCGUCGGGCAACUGGAAAGAGCCGCCUGGGCCGGGGGCGGGCUGGGAGAGCAGGCCGAGUCCGGAGGAGAGCCCGGGCGGUUGGGGGGCCCCACCGGCCCGCCCCGAGGCUCCCCCUCUCCCCGCCCCGGCCAGCAACCUCCUCAGCAACCUGGAACAGUACUUGGCCGAGUCUGUGGUGGAUUUCCCGGGGGGCGAAGGGCCGGCCCAGUCCUCCCCGGCGGCCGCCGCCGAGCGGCGUUAUAAGUGCGGCCAGUGCGGCAAGGCCUACAAGCACGCCGGGAGCCUGACCAACCACCGACAGAGCCACGCCCUGGGGGUCUACCCCUGUGCCGUAUGCUUCAAGGAGUUCUCCAACCUCAUGGCCCUGAAGAACCACUCCCGACUCCACGCCCAGUAUCGGCCUUACCAGUGCCCGCGGUGCCCCCGGGCCUUCCGGCUACCCAGCGAGUUGCUGGGGCACCAGCAGGCCCACGAAGGGGAAGAGGCGCCUUGGGAGGCGGGCGAGGCGACGUCCAACGGCCACGCGGGGGAAGGUGGCCCCGAGGAGGGGGCCCCCGACGCCUCCAGGGCCCCCGAUCUGGGCGGGGAGCUCACCGCGUCCGGGGAGCCCGCCGCCGCCGAGCUCCCAGAGGGCGGGCGGGAGGAUCGGCGGCCCUUCCGCUGUGCCGACUGCGGCCGCACCUACCGCCACGCGGGGAGCCUCAUCAACCACCGCAAGAGCCACGAGACGGGCGUCUACCCCUGCCCGGCCUGCCCCAAGCAGCUGUUCAACGCCGCCGCUCUCAAGAACCACCUGAGAGCCCACCUCAAAGCCCGGCGCGGGGCCGGGGGCGAAGAGCAGCCCCCUCCGCCGCCGCCGCCGCCGCCCCCCGAAGUCGCCUCCGAGGAGGAAGACGCCCCCGGCACCCCGACCUCGGCCACGGACCACCGCCCUUACAAGUGCCACGAGUGCGGGCGGGCUUACCGCCACCGGGGCAGCCUCGUGAACCACCGGCACAGCCACCGGACCGGAGAGUAUCAGUGCUCGCUCUGCCCCCGCCAGUACCCAAACCUCAUGGCCCUGCGCAAUCACGUCAGGGUUCACUUCAAGGCGGCCCGGCACGGCGGGAGCCGGGGGCGGGAGAGGCCGGAGGGAGAAGGGGCGGUCUCUGCCGGCCCCGAGCCGGGGGAGCCGCCCGCCGGCCGCCCCGAGGGGGGUCCGGCGCGGGGGGAGGAGCUGCCGCCGACGGAGAGCGGAGAGGAGACCCCUGACGGGGGAGCCCGGGACGGCCGCCCGGAGGUGGGCCUGACGGAGGCCCACAUCUGUGGCCGCUGCGGGCUGCUCUUUGAGAGUCUGGAGAGCCUGGAGCACCACGGCCGGACUCACGGAGAGCGGGAAAGGAACAGCACGGGGAGAGCGGAGCCGCCCUCCCGGGUCUACACCUGUCGGGACUGCGGAAAGACCUACCGCCAUUCCGGCAGUCUCAUCAACCACCGGCAGACCCACCAGACGGGCGAUUUUAACUGCGGGGCCUGCGCCAAGCGUUUCCACACCGUGGCGGCCAUGAAGAACCACCUGCGGCGCCACGGCCGGCGGCGGGUCAGGCGGCUCCGGCGGCGGGCGGCCGGGGGCGGCGGGCCGGCGGCCGGAGGAACCGAGCCGCGAGGGGAGGGGGACCGGGCUGGGAAUUGGGGGGUGAAGAAAGAGGAGGAGGAGGCGAGGAGCCCCGGCUCCGUUGGAGACGUGACUCCGGCGGGAGCUGGUGAGGGCGAGGAAAAGCCAGAAAGGGAGAAGGACCGUUUCCCGGAGGACGCGGAGAGAGCUCCGGAGGGCCGCGGGAAGAGCGAGGCCCAUUUCGGAGCCGGUGAAACGGGAGGAGCCGAGGCCCCUUUCCACGGCGGCCCAGGCACCGCGGAAGACGGGGGCGAUGGCAACGGGGCGGCGGGAGAGGCGGGGCCCGGCCAAGAGAGAGCGAGCGACGGGAGCCCCUGGAGCCCCGAGGCCCUCAACGGCUGGCGGGAGGCGGGCCCCCACACCUGCCACGAAUGCGGGCGGUCGUUCCGCCACGCCGCUGGCCUCCUGAGCCACCGGCCCUGCCACCCGGCGGGCAUCUACCAGUGCUCGCUGUGCCCCAAAGAGUACGACUCGCUCCCGGCUCUGCGCAGCCACUUCCAGAGCCACGGGCCGGGCGAGACCUCCCCGGGGCAGCCUUUCCUCUGCUGCCUCUGUGGCAUGAUCUUCCCCGAGCGGGCGGGCUACCGGCGCCACCGGCGAGAGGCCCACAACUCCCCGGCGGGGAGCCGGUGCUCCUCGGAAGAAGAAGAAGAAGAGGAGGAAGAGGAGGAGGAGGAGGAGGAGGAAGAAGAAGAAGAAGAAGCAGGAGCGGCGGCGGUAGCCGGCGUGGUGGAGGAGGUGGCGGCCGUUCACCCGACUCCCCUGCGGGUCUCUGAGGUGGAGCUCCUCAAUCAGCUGCAGAGGGAGGUGGAGGGGUUGGACGGCGCCGGCUACGGGCACAUCUGCGGUUGCUGCGGCCAGACCUACGAUGACCUCGGGAGCCUGGAACGCCACCAUCGGAGUCUGGGGGAGGUUUCUGAGGGGGCGGCCCCGGCCGCGGCUCCCCCGGCCCUGGGGGCCGGAGACGGCGUCGCGGAGGGGGUCGGAGACGGCGUCGCGGAGGGGGUCAGAGACGGCGUCGCGGAGGGGGUCGGAGACGGCGUCGCGGAGGGGGUCGGAGUCGCGGAGGGGGGCGGAGACGGCGUCGCGGAGGGGGGCGGCGACGCGGAGGGGGGCGGAGACGACGUCGCGGAGGGAGUCGGCGUCGCGGAGGGGGACGGCGAGGGCGUCUCCGCCGGGGGUGCGGACGGAAUCCCCGGGGGCGCCGCGAAGGGAUCGGCCGCUGCGGGGGCCGGGGAGGGGGCCCCCGGGGCCCUGCCUCCCAGCCAGCCUCGUCCCUUCCGCUGCGGCCAGUGUGGCAAGACCUACCGCCACGGUGGAAGCCUGGUGAACCACCGGAAGACCCACCAGACGGGAGACUUCGCCUGCCCCGUCUGUGCCCGCCGCUACCCUAAUAUGGCCGCCUACCGCAACCACCUGCGCAACCACCCCCGCUGCAAAGGAGCCGAGCGGCCCUCGGGGGCCGCCGCCCCGCUGGGCAACCGGGAGCCCCGGAAGGCCGAGGAGAAGGUGUGGCAGCGGGGCCCGGCGGAGGAGCAGCGGGAAAGGCUCAAAGAGGAACCCGCGGAGGGAGCCGCCGGGGAGGAGAGGCCGCCGGAGGCCGCCGGGAAGCCGGCGGGGGUGCUACCGGGACAGCCCGGCUCGGAGGAGCGGGAGGCCCCGAAGGAGGCCAGCCUCGAACGGCCCUUUGGCUGCGAGCUCUGCGGCCGGACCUAUAAGCACGCCGGCAGCCUCAUCAACCACCGGCAGAGCCACCAGACCGGCCAUUUUGGGUGCCAGGCCUGCCCCAAGGGCUUCUCGAACCUCAUGGCCCUCAAGAACCACCGGCGCAUCCACGCCGAGCCCCGCCGCUUCCGCUGCGCCGAGUGCGGCAAAGCCUUCCGGCUGCGCAAGCAGCUGGCCAGUCAUCAGCGCGUCCACGGGGAGCGGCGGAGCGGCGCGGGCUGCGGGGCGGCCCGGAAGCCGCCGCCGCCGCCGCCCCCUCCGCUCCCCCGAGAAGAGCGGCCUUUCCGGUGCGGGCAGUGCGGGAGGACUUACCGACACGCCGGUAGUCUCCUGAACCACCGGCGGAGCCACGAGACCGGCCAGUACAGCUGCCCGGCCUGUCCCAAGACCUACUCGAACCGCAUGGCCCUGAAGAACCACCAGCGGCUGCACUCGGAGAGCCGCCGCCGGCGCCGGGCGGGGCGGGCCAGGCGGGGCGGGGGGGCGCGGGCCACCGUGCGCUGCGCCCUCUGUGGGAAGGGCUUUCCCGGCCGGGGGUCUCUGGAACGGCACCUGCGGGAGCACGAAGAGAGGAGCAAGGAGGAGCCGGCUGCGGAGCGGGGUCCGGGCCAGCCGGACGGCGGGGACGAUGGGGGACCGGCGGACCGGGGCCCGGGAGGGGCGGCGGAGCCGGGCCCCGACCGAGGCCAGGAGCCGCAGGGUCGAGGACGGGGCCCCGGGGGGGCCCCCGGAGGCAAAGAGGCGGGCGGCCGGCCGCCGAGCCGGGACCCCGAGAGGGCCGGCGGCCGGCGUGUGGACGGGACGCCGGCGUGGAUGGCCGGCGGCCGGGAAACCGGCUCCGGCGAUCGGGCGCCCGGGAGGCCGGGGGGCCACGAGCGGGGCGGUCCCGAUGGCCCGAAGGACGGCCUGGCCCAAAGGAGCUCGGGCGGCGGGGACGCCGGCCCCGGCGGGGUCCGGGGCCCCGGCUCCCAGCCCGGACCGGAGCCUCGCCCCUUCCGCUGCGGCCAGUGCGGCAAGACCUACCGCCACGCCGGCAGCCUCCUCAACCACCGCAACACCCACAAGACCGGCUGCUACCGCUGCCCUCUCUGCCCCAAGCAGUUCUCCAACCCUAUGGCCGCCAAGAACCACGGGCGGAUCCACACGGCCACCCGGCGCUUCGCCUGCCCCGACUGCGGCAAAGCCUUCCGCGCCUCCCGGGAGCUGGCCAGCCACCGGCGAGCCCACGGGCAGGGGCAGGGGCCGGCCCCGGCCCUGGCCGUGGUCCCGGCCCUGCCUCGGACCGAGCGCCCCGGCGGGCGCGGCGCCGAGGCGGCCGGGGACGCCCCCCGGGGUGGGGCGAGUCCGGCGGAGCCAGCCGGAGCCGGGGGCCCCGCGGGGGAGAGGCCGGGGGCCCCGAACGGCCCGGGAGAAGAGGCCCGAGGGGUGGGGCGGAGAGAGGCCGACGAAGAGCGACCCUUCCGCUGCGCCCAGUGUGGGCGCUCCUACCGCCACGCCGGCAGCCUCCUGAACCACCAGAAGGCCCACGCCACCGGCCUCUACCCUUGCCCUCUCUGCCCCAAGCUCCUGCCCAAUCUCCUGGCCCUCAAGAACCACGGGCGAACCCACACAGACCCCAAGCGCCAUCGCUGCGGCGUCUGCGGCAAGGCCUUCCGGACAGCGGCCAGACUGGAGGGCCACGGCCGGGUCCACGCGCCCCGCGAGGGGCCCUUCCCCUGCCCCCACUGUCCCCGCCGCUUCCGCCGCCGCCUCAGCUUCCUACAGCACCAGCAGCAGCUGCACCCGGAGGAGCGGACGGCGGCUGGCACUGGAGAUCCACCAUCACUGGCAGCAGGAGUUCAGGACCUCUCAUCUCCCCUCCACGUACCCCCGUGACCCCGGCCCCGGACCCCUCACCCCAGUGGCCUCCAGACUGCAGCUUCACCCUGCGGACUCUUUCUCCCAGAGAGCGGGACA